GGAUGACAGCAAGAGGCUUAACGAGGCGUGAAGCGUAACCGUGCAAGGGACAAAGGCGCAGGUAGGGGGAGAAAUAGCGAAAGUUAGGAGCGGGAGAGAAAGUAGGGGGAGAUGAAAAACAGAAUGGAGAGAGAUGGACGUGCCGCGGUGAGAAAAUGCACAGUCCGAAACCCAUAAAACCGAAACAAAUCGGUGUUUUCUACUCAUGACAGGGUACGGUGACGUGGACAAUGCCGGAUAGACUGAGAAGUUUUCUUUCUUUUUCGUUUUCUUUUUUAAGAUGAAGUUCAUCCCCGCUCUCCUUUUUUUGCCUGGGAGUCGUAGUGUUUGGAUGAGGUGGAAAUCCUGCACAGCACUACAGGGUUUUAUCGUAUCCUGACCGCCGGUGAGUUACACUCCUGCAACAAGCUCGUCUUUUGUGCUACAAACUGUCAAACCGUGCAACGCGCUGCAAGAGAGAAGCCCAAUCUUACCCCCAGUAUAAAUGGGCUUGCUUUUUUUUCGCUUGUACUUUUAAUAUAAAUGCAGGAUGUCGCCAAGGUUAUCGAAAAAGUUGUGGACGUGGGGAUUUCUAAAGUGAAAGUUGGCUGUUCUGUGAAAUAGCGCGGCUGCAUCGGGGAAGGAAACAUGACAAAUUGGUUCUGCGCCCUGGCGAUUUUCGGCUGGGUGCUGGUAGCCCUCGAUGCCCAUUAUGUCUGUUGGCAGGCGCUUCUUCGGUGUCAGCAAGAAAAAGACUGCGAACUAGCCUACAACCAGUACCUAGCGGCAUGUGAAGCUAAUAUUAGGGGGAAUCGACGUCAAUGUCCCAGUCACUGCAUCAGUGCCUUGGUAAGACUAAAUCAGACUCGCAACGGGCCAGAUCUGGAAACAUGUGACUGCGGCCAAGACAUACAAUGUAGGAGGGCGAAACGGGCGAUCGAGCCUUGCCUUCCAAGAAGACAUCCUGGAGACGCCUCGGGAAUAGGAUGCACCGAAGCCCGCCAGCGGUGUGAGGAAGAGUCCAACUGCAACUCCAAACUAACCGCCUACCUGUCCAACUGUGGCCAGUUAUUCAAUGGCAGGAGAUGCACGACAAGGUGCAGGACCACAAUCCAACAGAUGCUCUUAAUUCCCAGCGGGAUGUUGCUGAACCGUUGCGUGUGCGACGGCGUGGAGAGACCUUUCUGCGAGGUGGUGAAGGACAACAUGCGCAAACUCUGCUCUUUUGGGGAUAAAGGCGUCUCCACGUCGUACGGGGAGAUGGACGAUGUGUACGAGGAUGAGGACUAUGAAAUGAAGUCGGAGAGAGAGGACACGCAGUCCGAUUCGGGGGUCCCUCUGUCCGGUGCCUCCAAGUUGCCUUCUUGCCUUAUUUUGUUGCAUUUGGCGAUGUUAAUAUUCUACUGGUGCAGACAUUUCUGAAAUUGCAUGGAGUAAUACGGAAAACGUAGAUGGAAGACGGCUUAUUAAAUUUGUGUGAAUGGUACUUGAUGAUAAAUAUUUUGGAAAUGGAUUAUCAUAUGAAACGAGGAUAUCCUUUUGCGUGUGUGUGGGGAUUUGCAUAGAUCACAGUUGAGGACCGAAUUGUCCCCGAAGUGUAGUAAAGCUUAAAUUUCCCUAUACAUUCGGGGACAUCUUUUGAGGUCAACAUUUGGAUAACCUAAAUUUUCAUAAAAACCUGUGAAUACAAUCAAAAAAAGUAAAAAUGCCAAAAGUCUUGUAUUUUGGUUGGUUACUUAUAUUAAAGCUUAGGGAUGGAUAGAGGUUACGGGUGUCGUGAUUGGGAUAAGGGUUUUUUCCCAUAUUAAUGAAUGGACGGUCCCCAUUUAGAUAGGUAUACCAACAUGUGUGUGUGUGUGGUAAAGUAUGUUGUCGUACAGUGUGGAAAGUGGGUUUUAGCAUAUUCAGUCCAUCGGACAACCUUCUAUUACCCUGCAUUAAGAAAAAUAGUUACUUGAAGUGAAUGUAACUCCUGUUCUUAUUGGAACAAACAUAUAAAUCACUGCGCACGUUGUUUCAUUGUAUGUGUUGCUCUUUUAUAUAUGUUGUGUUUUGCUUAAUCGUCUUAUGUUGUCCUUGGGACUUUAUUAGACUUUAGAUAAACACGGGAGCGUUCCCCA